AUGCCUAUGUUGUUCAAUCAGGGUGUACUUGCAAAUGGUCAAGAAAUAGCAGUGAAGAGGCUAUCAAGAAGUUCUAAACAAGGUGCGGAACAAUUCAAGAAUGAGGUUGUAUUGGUGGCCAAACUUCAGCACCGGAAUCUCGUGAGGCUGUUGGGAUUUUGCGCGGAAGGAGAAGAGAGGAUGCUCCUCUAUGAAUUUGUGCCCAACAAAAGCCUGGACUACUUCCUAUUUGAUCCUGAAAAGCAAAAACAUUUGGAUUGGCCAAGACGUCUCAAGAUAAUCAAAGGAAUUGCUCGGGGGCUUUUGUAUCUUCAUACAGAUUCAAGGCUCAAGAUUGUGCAUCGUGAUCUCAAACCUAGCAAUAUCUUAUUGGAUGAGGAUAUGAAUCCCAAAAUAUCAGAUUUUGGCAUGGCAAGAAUUGUUGAAGAAAAUCAAAACCUUGAAGAAACCAAGAAGAUUGUUGAAUACGCACUGCAUGGACUAUUCUCUUUCAAAUCCGAUGUGUAUAGCUUCGGUGUAUUGACACUGGAAAUCGUACAUGGCAAAACAAACACUAGUUUCUUUAACUCUGAAUGUGCGGAGAACCUUCUCAGCCAUGGGACGCCGCUGGAGACGAUGGAUCCAACCUUAAAAGAUUCUUACGUGAGUGAUGAAGUAAUUAGGUGCAUUCAGGUUGGCUUGCUAUGUGUCCAACAAAACCCAAAUGCGAGGCCAGUGAUGGCAAAGAUUGUUCCUAUGCUUAGCAGCUCCGCCGUUUCUGUACCACCACCACAACAACCAGCAUUCUUUUUUGGUCCAAAGACAGCAGGAAGCACCUCGAUUGUGGAGCUGGAGUUUGAUCAAUCAACAAGCAAGUCAAAAUGCUCAUCAAUAAAUGAAGCAUCCAUCACUGAAUUUUACCCUCGAUAA